AUGCUACAAAUUCUGGACAACAUGGAGAUCUUAAGGAACUUGACAUCUACAUUUCCAACUUUCUUGUUGACCGGUAUUCCUGGCCUAGAGACUGUCCAUACCUGGAUCUCCAUUCCCUUCUGCUGUCUCUAUGCCAUCGCCCUGUCUGGGAACAGCAUGAUCCUCUUUGUCGUCAUUACCCAGCAGAGUCUCCAUGAGCCCAUGUACUAUUUCCUCUCCAUGCUGUCAGCCACUGACUUGGGCUUGACUGUUUCUACCAUGUUGACAACAUUAGCUACCCUCUGGUUUAAUGCAAGAGAAAUCAGUCUAGAUACCUGCAUUAUUCAGAUGUUUUUUCUUCAUGGAUUUACCUUCAUGGAAUCUGGGGUGCUGGUGGCUAUGGCCUUUGACCGCUACGUGGCAAUCUGUUACCCUCUGAGGUACACUACCAUUCUCACUAAUUCUAGAAUCAUUCAGAUUGGCCUCUUAAUGAUUACACGCACUGUAGUGUUAGUAGUACCACUACUCUUGCUCCUUAAACCCCUCUAUUUCUGUAAAACGAACGUCCUUUCCCAUUCCUACUGUUACCAUCCAGAUGUGAUUAAAUUAGCAUGUUCAGAUACUCGGGCCAACAGCAUCUGUGGGUUAAUUGAUCUCAGCCUGACCACGGGGGUGGAUACACCAUGCAUUGUCCUGUCUUAUAUCUUGAUCAUUCGCUCUGUGCUCAGCAUUGCCUCCCCUGAAGAAAGACACAAGACCUUUAGCACCUGUGUCUCCCACAUUGGAGCCGUCACUAUUUUCUACAUCCCCAUGAUGAGCUUGUCCUUGGUGCAUCGAUAUGGUCUAUCAGCCCCCAAAGUGGUCCAUUCGAUGAUGGCCAAUAUAUACCUGCUUUUGCCUCCUGUGCUCAACCCCAUCAUCUACAGUGUAAAAACAAAACAGAUCCGCAGGGCUAUACUCAGGCUUCUCCUUACAAAAUAA